AUGCCGCUCAACGUGCUCAGCCGUCUCGACAGCCGCAAGCCUCCCGUGGCGCCCCAGCCCGUCCCUGAGCACGCCCACCACGCCGGCCCGAGCCUGCACGGCGACAAUGCGGCGCGGCGGCAGGCCAUUACCGAGCUGCUGUUCUUCUCAUCCGUAGGGGACUUGGCGCGGUGCCAGAAGAUAUGCGCCACCUGGAGAAUUGACCCCAUGGACCCGAGCUGCUGUGACUACGACAAACGCACUCCCCUGCACCUGGCGGCGUCUGAAGGGUGCUACAGUGUGGCUCAGUGGCUGGUGGACGAGUGCGGGGUGGAGGUCAACCCUGUUGACCGCUUCAAGCGCACUCCCCUGGAGGACGCCGUGCGCGGCGACCAUGGAGAGGUGGUGGUGCUGCUGGUGGGGCAGGGCGGCAAGGUCAUUAGUAAGGAGGGGAACCUCAUAGACCUCAGCGACAGCCGCCUCAGCGGGAACGUGCGCAUCUUCGGGGAGCUUGACCCCGAGUGGGAGAUCGACCCCAAGCUGCUGCAGUUUGGCGACAAGGUGGGGGAGGGCGAGUUUGGCAUCGUGUACCGCGCAUCGUACCUGGGGACCCCUGUGGCCGUCAAGGUGCUCAAGGACAAUGAUGCUGUGGCACUCGGGGACUUCAGGCGCGUGCGCAAGCUGACGUCUUGGUGCCGUUAG